CCAAGAACUAUGUAUAAAUAUCCAAGGAAAUAGAAUCGAGCGUCAUAAUUAGCAACCAACGGCUGAAUAUACCAAGUCUCCUGUCUUUAUAGAAGCCUAUAAAACAUACCAACAAUGAACCGUUUUAUGAACAGAUUCCGUCCCCAAUUUAACAGAAAAUACAGAGGAUUCAUGGAACCAAUGAACAUGAUGUCCAUGGUCUUCCAAGGAAGAUACAUGGAUUCUUAUGGGAAAAUGGUAGAUCCCAAACUCUAUGAAUUUUAUGGCAAAUAUUCUGACAAUGACAGAUACUAUGGUAAAUCUAUGUACAACUAUUACGGUUUCUAUGAUAACGAUAGAUUCCAUAGAAAUGGUAAUUUUAUGGACUUUCCAGAAAGGUUUAUGGAUAUGUCCGGAUAUCAGAUGGAUAUGAAUGGAAAAUGGAUGGAUACGCAAGGACAAAACUCCCAUCCCUACUGGAAUAUGUUCAGCUCUUCAAGACAAGGCUGCUACCCUGGUUACUCUUAUGGUCGUAACUGGUUCUUUCCUGAGAGAUUCAUGGACAUGUCUCACUACCAGAUGGAUAUGAAUGGCCGAUACAUGGACAAAAGUGGACGUCACUGCAACCCUUAUUACAGCUACUACAGGCGUUAUAUGUCUCAUCCACAAAUGAAUUUCAAUCAAAUGCACUACCCUGAGAGAUUCAUGGAUAUGUCUAGCUACCAGAUGGACAUAGGUGGUCGUUAUAUGGAUAAGUGGGGCUGCCAUAUUAAUCCAUUCAGCACUUAUUACUUCGGUAAGCAAUCAUAUUUUCCUCAUAACUAUUGGAGCCAGAGAAAAUACAUGGAUAUGUCUUCCUACCAGAUGGAUAUGCAAUAUAAUUCGAUGGACAUGAAUAGCCGUAAUUGUGACCAACUCCAUUAUUUCAGAAAUUUCGAUAUGUGGAACAACCAGAUGGAUUUUGACGGACACUGGAUGAAUAUGAACAACCAAUCUUACCAUCCUUCCAGUUUUAUCAGGAAUCAAGUUUACUACAACCCUUACCACUUUUACACUUGGAUGAGUAGAUAUUACAACCACCCUGAGAAAUUUUAUGAUACAUCCAACUAUCAAGUGGAAUUCGGAGGAAAAUGGCCGUCACAAGAAUAUGAAUGUAUAACACAAGAAUAAUUAUGAUCAUUCUCACAACUGGUUUUGAAUUGAAAUUAUACUUUUAAUAAACUCCUCUAUGACAAAUUGUUAAUAGCUAAGAUUUAGAUUACACUUCAAAUCCAUUUUUUUAAGAGACUUAAUAAAAUGAAAAAUUACAUAACUAGUAAAUAGAAAUGAUGCUAGAAAGAUAGCAGGUUACAGAUAACUUUAUUUAAUGCAACGCAAUUUUGAAUGAUUAUAUCAGUAAACACCUCUUCUUUAAGAAGAAGAAUAAUUUCAUUUGAUUUGAGGGACAACAAAGUGAAAUUUCAUCAAAUUUCUUCAAGUGGAUGAAACAUCGCGUGACCAAGAAAACAAAAACUCUAUAUGAUGGAAUGUUGCUCGAACAAAAACGCCAACAAAGAAGACCAAAGGUUUAUAAAAGUUUUUAAAAACGCAGAACUAUCUAUAUGUUUAAAAUUUUGCUGUUUGUAAACCAACCCCAUUAUUGCCUUUUAAAUUAUGUAUUAUCCACUUUUAAGCAAUAAAAAUAUUUUGUUUCCAU